AACAGUCCCCCAUAAUGCAAUGCGCAUCUGUCAUGGCUGCUCACUGAUGCCACUUGCACCACAUGGGUGGAAGUCACAGACAGUGAGAGGAAGGUGGAAAGAAACGUUGGAAGGGACUAAGGGACUUAGUUUGGGACUAAGGACCAGAGCGUGGCUCAUUAGGAAGGCUUUGACCUAGGAGAGUCCAGACUGAAGGCAGCCGUACCACGAACCAGAGACGGGACCAGAGCGGGACCAGAGACUGUCGCCAUGCCGCUGGACGCAGAGGUCCCCGUCCUCCGAGGCUUCCUAACAGCGAGCGAGGCAGCGCAGUGGAGGCACACUGUUUCCAGAAGUGGAGAGGCGGGCUCUCUGCUGGAGUCGUUGAUGGAGGGAGACUUUGAGGCGGUUCUUCUGAGCCCCCAGGUGUCAGAUCUGCUCGCUGGAGAUGGCAGCUACAGCGAUGGGGAGGACAUUGAGGCCUACCUGGAGAAGCGGGUCUUGCUGUACCUUACUUGUGGCACCAAUGGUGAUCAGACCAGCAGGGAGCUGGCAGUGAUGGCCCUGGCUGUCUCUUGCCUCCACAUGUUUGCCCAGAGUAACUGGACUGGUCCUCCCGUCUCCAUCCAUAUCUGUGACCUGUUGCCCCAGGCCCUGCUCUCCACUCAGCCCCAGACCCUGGUUGAGGCUAUCCACUCCAGCCUGCUCCUGGAUGGGGAGUCAGUGUACAGCCUGGUGGCCAACCCCUUCCUCCUCCUGCUGGCCAGGGUGAUUCUCAACAAGUGCUGCUCGAAGAUGGACAGCCUCCAGCUGCUGCCCUGGUGGACCCUGCGCUACAUCAGCCUGCACCAGCAAAUCCUGGAGGCCCGUUCCCCACAGCUCCUCAACUUGGCCCACAGCAGCAUUGCCAAAGUGCUGACGUGCCCCACUCUGUUCUCGGAGCACAGAAACCUGGCCAUCCAGUUCCACCUGGAGUGUGUCUACACCAGUCUGACCUACUACGAUUACCAGCCAGCCAAGGAACACAUCAACAAGGCCCAGGAGCUGUCAGGGCUGGAUAUCAACAUGACUGGUGCUCUUGGCAAACGGACCCAUUUCCAGCAAAAGUACUUGGCUCAGCUCAUCCUUGAGGUCAAGAGAAAGCUGACGCAGCCGGGCCAGAUCGGUGAUGAGGCCACUCCCACUCCCACGCCUCCCGCCAGCCUGCCCAAGGACUACAGUCUGGGGGAUGACACGGUGCUGGAUAAGAUCAACCUAGCGGAGCCAGAUCAGUAUGAGCUGCCAGACCUCAGCGCCGAGGAGCAGGCCGUCAUCCUAGGCGUCUGCACUGACUUCCAGAAGAAUAACCCGGUCCACAAACUGACUGAAGAGGAACUCCUGGCCUUCACAUCUUGUCUUCUGUCCCAGCCCAAGUUCUGGGCUGUAGAAGUCUCUGCGCUUUGUCUCCGGACCAAACUGGAGAAAGGGAGCUCCAGAUGUGUGGAGAGAGCCAUGAUGCAAACCCAGGCGAUAGUAGACCACUUUGAAGACAAGAACUGUCCCGUGACCGAGAGGCUGAAGGGGUUCUAUUUCUGCCAAGCCCCCCCCAGAUGGGCUGUCCAGAAACAGCUGGCCAGCCUGCUGACGGACCUCGGCUGCACUAGCUCUGCCCUGCUCUUAUAUGAGAAGCUGGAGCUCUGGGAGGAUGUAGUUAUCUGCUAUGAGAGGCUGGGCCAACAUGGCAAGGCUGAGGAGAUAGUUCGCCGGGAGUUAGAGAAGAAGGAGAUGCCCAGUCUGUACUGCUUGCUGGGAGACAUCCUGAGGGAGCAUCAGUACUACGACCGUGCGUGGGAGCUGUCGGGCCUCCGCAGUGCCAGAGCCAUGCGCUCCAAAGCCCUGCUGCACCUCCGCAACAAAGAGUUCCAGCAGUGCGUGGACUGCUUUGAGCACUCACUGCAAAUCAACGGCAUGCAGCCUCUGGGCAUACCUGUGUGGAUUCUUCUUCUCUUCUCUUCUUAUCCUUCCAUAUGUAAUGGUAUUAUUGUACUACACCCCAUCCAUACUGGGUUCAUUGCUUUUGUUCUCCCUUCCUCUUUUCAGAAUGCAGAAGCAUGGAACAACCUGUCUACAGCCUACAUUCGCCUCCAGAAGAAAAACAAAGCCUUCUGUACCCUGCAGGAAGCCCUGAAGUGUAACUAUGAACACUGGCAGAUCUGGGAGAACUUUAUCGCUGUGAGCACGGACGUCGGGGCGUUUGCUGAAGCCAUCCAUGCCUACCAUCGCCUAAUGGACCUCAGGGAAAACUACAAGGACAUCCAGAUUGUGCAGAUCCUGGUCCGAGCAGUUGUUGAGAACGUGACCGACAGCCAGGGGGAGCAGGCGGCGACGCUCAGCUUCAAACUGAAGGAGCUGCUGGGCCGGAUCACUUCCCGCCACAGCAGUGACUGUGAGAUAUGGCAGCAGUACGCUAAGCUGUACGGAGACGGACGCAGCUCCAACCCAGAGGACAAUGAAAAGGCUCUCCAGUUCCUGUCCAAGGCUCAUCGCUGCAAGCUUCAGGCUGGGGGCUGGGAGAAGGAUGCUGGUCUCUUCAAGGAGGUGGUCCUAAGAGCCAUCAACAUGGGGGAAGUGACCAUCAGCUGCUGUAAGAAGAAGAGUAAUCCAUCAGAAGCUCUUCAGAUGCUCUCCUCCACCCGCCUCAGCCUGAAGAGUCUUGCCACAAAAGCUAAGCAAAUGCACACAGAUGUGUCCACGGGUCAGAUCCACGGCGAGCUGCAGGACGCCGUCGCUGCUCUGGAGCAGCUGCUCACAGAGCUGCAAGAGCUGGGGGGGGCGCUGCGGGGCCAAUCACAGUGAGCUGGAUGCUGCGGGGCCAAUCACAGUGAGCUGGAUGCUGCAGGGCCAAUCACAGUGAGCUGGAUGCUGCAGGGCCAAUCACAGUGAGCUGGAUGCUGCAGACUAAUCACAGUGAGCUGACACUGCAGGCCAAUCACAGU